AUGGUCAUUGACAAAUGCAAACUGUUUUGUUCAUUUUCUGCCAUUUCCAGAGAUGGCCUCAUCAAAGCAGUGGGCCAGGCAGAUGCUAUUCGCAGUCAGUUUUCAGGAGCAUCGUUUGACAGUGUAAUUGACUGCUCUGGGAAAUGCAUAUUACCAGGCUUGGUAGAUGCACAUACACAUCCGGUGUGGGCUGGUGACAGGGUUCAUGAGUUUGCAAUGAAGCUGGCAGGUGCUUCAUACAUGGAGAUUCACGAGGCUGGAGGAGGAAUACAUUUCACUGUGGAACACACUCGGAACGCCCCCGAAGAGGAGCUCUUCAACACUUUGAGGCACAGGCUGGAACGUAUGCGCCUAGCAGGAUCCACGUUGGUUGAGUGCAAGAGUGGAUAUGGCUUAAACUUGGAAACAGAACUUAAAAUGCUCAGGGUGAUCGAACGCGCUAAGCGAUCCAUGGAUAUUGGCAUUUCAUCAACGUACUGUGGAGCUCAUUCUGUUCCAAAAGGGAAAACUGCUACUGAAGCCACAGAUGACAUUAUCAAUAACCAUCUCCCUAAACUGAAAGAACUCAAACUAAGUGGUGAAAUAGAUGUUGACAACAUAGACGUAUUCUGUGAGAAGGGAGUCUUUGAUCUGGAUUCUACUAGAAGAAUUCUUCAGGCUGGAAAAGAUAUGGGGUUACAGAUUAACUUCCAUGGUGAUGAACUCCACCCAAUGAAAUCUGCUGAGCUUGGAGCUGAACUAGGAGCCCAGGCUAUCAGCCACCUGGAAGAAGUGAGUGAUGAAGGUAUCAAUGCAAUGGCAAGAGCUAAGUGUGCAGCUGUCCUUUUACCAACCACUGCCUACAUGCUAAGACUGAAGCAACCUCAAGCUAGGAAGAUGUUAAAAGAAGGAGUUAUAGUUGCUCUUGGCAGUGAUUUUAAUCCUAAUGCAUACUGUUUUUCAAUGCCUGUGGUGAUGCAUCUGGCCUGUGUAAACAUGAAGAUGUCCAUGAACGAAGCACUAGCAGCGGCCACGAUUAACGCAGCUUAUGCCCUGGGAAAAUCGGACACACACGGCUCCAUAGAGGCUGGCAAACAGGGUGAUGUCAUUGUCAUAAAUUCAACAAGGUGGGAACACUUGAUUUACCAGUUUGGGGGACAUCAGGCAUUGAUUGACUAUGUUAUAGUUAAAGGAAAAAUCGUUUAUAGAAAUGAGAAGUGUGGGAUAAUGAGCAGUUACUGAAAGAAGGCAAUCAUUUUGGAACUGUUAUAAUCAAAUAGGCAUUGAAUAUUUCAGUUACAAAAGG